AUGCGCGAACAGGUCACCAGAUACUCAUUCCGACACUUUGCGACUCAGCGUAUGAAGGCGAGCGGGGUUUCAUUCGACGCCGUUCAAGAAGUGCUCGUUCAUGUUCCGGGAAGUGAGGCGGCCCUGCACUGUGAAGGCAAGAGACUGGCGCUCGCUGUUCCAGACACUGGUCAGGCUACCGACGUGAACGCUAUGAGGCUUCAGCACAACACCCUCAGUGCGGGAACGCGGGCAAGUAGGCUGGCUCCAGUCGGCCUAACAGCAGCGGAACGCAAAGAGGUGGAAGAUGAGCGUCAGUUCCUUCCCACGGGUUGCACGAUCGAGAAGAAGCGAUCGUCCACGCCUGAGCAGAUCCAGAAGGCGCACAAGGAGUAUGAGAGCAAGCGGAAGGCAGCUCUGAGCGCCAAGCUGAAGGCGAUCACGGCUGCUUUCUGGAAAGCCGGCCCACUGACUGCGGCACGGCGUGAUGGCUCGGGCACUGCUGACGACAGUGCCAAACUGCAAGCUUGGGACACUGACAAGGGAUCGGACGACGAGGGAAACUCUGACUUUUGGAUGUAA